AUGAAAACAGAGAGUAAAGAGAACAGCAAAGAGAACAGUAAAGAGAGUACAGAAUUCUCUCAGUUCUUAUGUAAAGUACGCAGUAUAAAUGAGAAUAUAGAAGAAGCCGGGAGGGUGUACAUGGAAUAUACUACAUCUAAUGAUUAUUUAAUAAGCACAGGGGCAGAGUAUACAGAACUAGUAGAAGCACAGACUAAAAUCACAGAAAAGUUCAAUUCUGAAGUAUUUAUGAUAACACAAGAAAUAGAGCAUUUACUAGAAAAUUCAAAACAUUCACUCACAGACCAGAAGCAGCAGCAUAUUGAAGGACUCACAGAAAGAACCAACAGAAUAAUAAAAGCAUUUUCAGCCGAGAAAUUAAAAAGGCUCAACAAAGAGCAUGAAAGACUAAAAAAUCAAUAUUUAAUAAGCCAUCCCACAAUGAAUAAUGAAGAAUUAGAAGAAGUCACAAAUACGCAAGGAAAUGGACUAAUUAAAUUCCCAAAUAAUCCUGGGAUAGAAGAAUCCCUACAGAAAAACAAAGCCAUCACAAGGUUAUUAAAUGACAUAAAAGAACUGGAUAUUCUAUCAAAGCAAUUACAAACAAUUCUUAUAAUAACUGGCAGUAAAUUAAAAAGUAUUAAUAGUAAUACUUAUAUAUCCAUUAAGAACACGGAAGGCACUAAUAGAAUUAUUGAAAGAAUGAUAAGCAAAAAAAAAGAAAUAGAAAAUAUAAAAUAAUCAGUAUAUUACUUCUGUUGAUUCUUGGACUAUUUAUAGUUGGGUACGUAUUAAAGUUAUUCAAGUUAUUCAAGUAAUACGGAAUAAAUGGAAAUUCGGGUUAUUCGGGUUAUACAUACGGAUUAAGGUAUCUGCAUGGUUAUACAGAUACGAUAAAAGCACCACGGGAGUAACACUAAAUAUUACAGAUACGGUGUAACAGAUACCACAAGACUAAAUGACAUCUGAAAUUAUGGUUAUAUAGAAGUAUACCAUAAUUUCAGGGUGAAUGAAGCUAUAUAAUAGCUAUACGAUUUAAAUAAAUACGGGU